CCUUUUUCACCCCUCGUGUGUUGGGAAUAAGUCGCUGGCUCACCGCUGUUCAAAGAAUUAAUACAUUUACUUUGAAUACGUCGGCUAGAUCAAGACAAAAAUGGUAAUUCUUCUUCUUCUAUAUCUUAAGGGCCCACGAUCAAUUUAUUGAUCGUUUUGGCUCCUAAGGUACUUGGAUAAAAUUUUCAAAUUGAAUGAAUUAUGAAAUGAACACAUCUGAGGCCAUCUGAGAUCUGUAUGAUACAAUGAGUAGAUACUUUGAAAAAAAAAAAAAAAAUAAACCAAUGACAUAGUUGAAUAGAGCUAAUUUUUAAAAGAAUUAUAACACCAAAAUCAUAUUUUUUAGGCCAUCUGAGAUCUGUAUGAUAAAAUGAGUAGAUACUUUGAAAAAAAAAAAAAAAAAUAAACCAAUGACAUAGUUGAAUAGAGCUAAUUUUUAAAAGAAUUAUAACACCAAAAUCAUAUUUUUAGCUGUUGAGUUUUAAAGUUAUGAAUUUUUAAAUUACGACUUAAUUUGUCCUUUUUUAACAUGGACCGCAUCUCCACAAUCUGUGACCCAAUUCCGCUGUUCGCGUCACGAGCUAUAUAACUCUUGUUUUAAUGAUAAUAUUAUUUUCAGAACUAAUGCUGUAUUAAUGCUGUAUUAAAAAAAUAAGUUUAAUAAUGUUAACAAUUAUAGAUAAAUUGUAGCUAGGCACUUGGAUACAAAAUUUAAAUAAUUUUUUUAAUAGCACAGUUAGUUAGAGCUAAUUUCAAAUAAAAAAAUGAAGGCAGUGUCUACACGUCUGGCGCGCCGGACGUCUAUCUCCCGCACUAUGUGUCCGGCGACCAAGUCACAUGACCGCCGUAACAAAGCGGCGAGAGAUAUCUUGUCGGUCAGCCUUGUCACUUGACUGCGAAUAAUUCAAAACUAUUGUUAAUUUUAAAAUCUAUUUCUCUACCAAGUAAUGUACUGAGUAAAAAGAAACUUAAGUGAAAGUGGCUUGUAAACAUUUUUGUUUAGUUUAUUUUUUGUGUACCAGUAAUCCAUAAAAUAAAUUAGGGACCAGUGUGGCAACCAAUAAAAGUUAAAGAUUUCAUUUUAAAUUAUUUCAAUUGCUACAAAAUAUUUAAAAACUUCUCAUGAAACUAUUGUUGCUGAGGAACAUGAUAAUAUAAAUAUAUACAAAAUAUUUUAAUUAAAUAGGGAAGAAAAAAAACGACCCUAUCCCCGGUAUAGAUCCUCAAACCUUCCUAUCGUCAAGCAACCACUCUACCACAAGACCAGACAAGAUGUACUAAAUCAUACUUCGUUUGGAAUUAUAAAAACUACUAGCCGUCCGCACGUGACAAGUCGCCGGAUGUGUAUCUUGUGCACUACACGUCCGGCGCGCCGGACGUGUAGACACUUCGAAAAAUGAAACCAGAAUCAACUUUUUAGCUUAAGUACUUUUUGAGCUAUGAAUUUUUAAAGUGUGAGUUCGUUUGGUAUUUUUUACUAUGGACGAAACCUCCACAUCUUGUGACCUCAUUCCGCUGAUCGCGUCAUGCGCAAUGACUAUAUACUUUAUAUAAGGCAACGCAUCGCCUUAUCACUAAAAUACUGUUUAGGGUCGACUUAGUUUAAACUUUCAACUUUGGCACAUGAAUAAUUAAUUAAAGCUUUCCCUGACCAAUGGUAUAGUAGUUUUUGCACACGGCAAACUCUUAUGAAUGAAACUCUGAGGUAGUACUACGAUACAGCCGUUAUGCAAGUGGCUGUGAAUGUUUGCCAAUGACAACGUGUUGCACACGGUAAAUUUUGAUCAUUUAUAAUAUGGAUUCUACCGGGUUGUUAAAGCUCAAAUUAAAACAUUCCAGUUUAAAUGUCUUCAAAAUGCAUUCUGAAACACAAGUUAUCAAUUAUUUUGAUGUAGAUAGUGGUAAUAAAUUAAUAUUUCCUAAGUAUCGGCAACUUCCGCCAUUACAAAGGGGGCGUGGCCCACCCCAUGACGAAAUUAGGUUGAGCGAGCUGCAUGACCUGCUGCGAACGCGCAGAAACAUAGCGUCUCUCGUAAGACACUUAUCGCUGUGAAAAUUGGCAUACAUGUAGAUCAAUAGAUUCCCCAGAUGCAAAAAAAAUUUGGUAGUGACAAAUUUUUUCCUUCGACUUAAUUUUAAUGAUGAAAGUUGCCUUAUAUUUACCAAGGAUUUUCUCAAAGCUGACUGAUUGUAAAUGAAAAAGAAAUUGAUUAAAAUGUAGGCCAAGAUGUCUACCUAAUUAUAAGGCCGAAAACGGAACUCAAAUACAUAUCGAAAGUACUAAUUUAAUAAUAAAUAGACACACACAUCGGAAAAUUAAAAACUCUGAUUUUUUGGCGCCGAUUGCGAAAUCCCAUACACAAAAAGUAGUAGUCUCCCUUGACUUACCGAAGUACCUAUUGAUUGUAGCUUAUCUAACUGCAUUAUUUCUAUCAGUAAAUUUAAUAUAAUGUAUUAAUAUAUGGCUUUUCUGUUUACCAAAUCUACGAGGUCCAUUAUACCAAUAUUUGCUAUAUAGUCUAUAUAAUAUAAGGCAACUCAUGCCCUAAUUACGAAAAUACUGUUUGGGAACUAUUGAACUUUCAACUUUGUUACAUGACUAAUUAAUUCAAGCUUUCCCUGACCUAGUUGAAUAGUUUUUGCACACGGCAAACUUUUAUGAAUGAAAUCUCUGAGAUAGUAGUAAAUAAUAGCCCUUAUGCAAGUCACUGUGAAUGGCUGCCAUGACAUUUUGCACACGGCGAAUUUUGAUCAUGUAUAAUAUGGACUCUACCGGGUUUGAUGUAAAUAGUGGAAAUAAUUAAAUAUUUCCUAAGUAACGGCGUCUUCCGCCACUGAAAGGGGGCGUGGCCACUUCCUUAUCGAAAUUGGGCUGAGCUACAUUACCAUAUAGGGGUUCACUCAAGUGAGCAUAACAAGUGAUCGACAUGUCCUAACUCAAUGAGAAUUGACACAAAUACACAUCGAUAGAUAAUACAGAAUAAGACUUUUUUUUUAAAGACAUAAAAGUUGAACUUCUAUACGAAUUUUAUAGUGAAAGAUGCCUUACAUUUACAGGGGAAUCUCAAAAUACAGGUCGAUUGAAAAAUUAAAAAAAAAAGCAAUGUAAAUGUAGGCCAACAUGUCUACCUAAUUAUAAGGCCGGAAACGGAACUCAAAUAUAUAUAGAAAGCACUCAUUUAAUAAUAAAUAGACACACACAUCGGAAAAUUAAAAACUCAGAUUUUUCGGCGCCGAUUGCCAUUUCCGAUACACAAAAAGUAGUAGCCUCCCUUGGUUUACCGAAGUAUCUAUACAAUGAUAGCCCUUCUUGCCCUUGUUUUAAAAAAAUCACCAAAAAAAUCAUAACUCCACUUCUAUAAAAGAUAGAAAGAUGAAAUUGGUGUUGUUGUAAAGCUUAUAGUCUUAGGUACUUGGAUAAAAUUUUCAAAUUGAAUAAAUUAAGAAAUGAACACAUCUGUAUGAUAGCCCUUGUUAUAUGAAGUAAUAAUAUGUUUUCAUUUUUCAUGUAGCACUUUCGGUUAAAAAGAUAUUUUUUUUGUGAAUAAAAAAUCACUUUUUUUACAUAGAGAUUUGUGACCUCUUUUCAAAUUGUUUUAACGAAAUGGCUCAUAAUUUUAUAGCAGAGUGGACAAAUAAUAUGAAACUUUCCAGAAGUGUUCAUCAUCAUAUUAUCAACAUCUUUGUUGCUUUAAAAACUAAAAUAAAAUUAAUAGAAUAUUUUUAAAAUAUUUUUUAAUGUCAUUAAAAAGAAACUUUAAAAAAAAUUAAGACCAAACGUAAUUUAUUUUAAAACAGGAAAUAUAACAGGCAAUUUUCCAAUAAAAAUUACGAAGGGUCUACACGUCCGGCGCGCCGGUAAAAUAGUGCGCGAGAUAUACGUCCGGCGGCUUGUCACGUGACCGCUGGACGGCUAGUAGUUGUUAUUAUUCCGAACGAAGUGUAAAUUGGUAGAUCUUGUGUGGUAGAGUGGUCGCUUGACGUUAUUGUGAUUUGAGGAUCAAUACUGGAUAUAGAAUAAUUUAUUUUUUCCCAUUUUAAUUAAACAUAUUUUAUACUAUAUUUAUAUUAUCAUGUUCAUCAGCAACAGUAGUUACAUGAGAUGUUUUUAAAUAUUUUGUAGCAAUUUAAACAAUUUAAAAUGAAAUCUUUUCCUUUUAUUGGUUGCCUACUCCUUACUGGCCCCUAAUUUAUUUUAUGGAUUACUGGUACACAAACUCAAAUAACAAACUAAACAAAAAUGUUUACAAGCCACUUUCACUUAAGUUUUUUUCUAUUAUUUGCAUUCACGAUACUCAGUACAUUACUUGGUAGAGAAAUAGAUUUUAAAAUUAACAAUAGUUUUGAAUUAUUCGCAGUCACGUGACAAGGCUGACCGACAAGAUAUCUCUCGCCACUUUGUGACAUGGUCGCCGGACAAAUAGUGCGGGAGAUAUACGUCCGGCGCGGGACAUGUAGACAUGCUUUAAUUUGAAAUGGAGCAAUAUCUGAUAAAAUAUUAGUUUAUAUGUCUAUUAUUGUAUAGAUAUUACAAUAAAACCUAAUAUUAUUCAAGAUGGAACUUGCUUGAAGCAUUAUAAAAUUUCUUGGGCUUUCUUAUCUGUCAACUAUUGUUCAAUAAUACUGUUUCCGGUUUGUCACUUUCGUUUUCGGCCAUUUUUUUUUCUUCAAGAUUUAGACCCGUUCUGGUAAAAAAUAACAUUGUUAUGGCCAUCUUAGAGACUUGAAAUUUUACAUGGUCAUUUUUGAUACAAUUCUACAGGUACACCAGGUCGAUUUAAAAUGGGACAACGAAUAGUUUUCAAAAUAUUGAUAAAUUAGACUUAAGCUGCUUUCUCACAUUUUUUUUUAUUCACGACAUACUGAUAAUACUGAAAACAAAAUGGAUGUCGCUAAAGCCCGUUCAUUAACGUAACUAGAACAGUAAUUCGUUCGUUGAUCCGACAUUUCUAGCGCGAAAAAAAUAAUUUUUUAGUGAACCCUAUCAUCCAGCACACCAAAAAAAGAGUCUCAAAAUCCUAGGGGUAAAAAUAGCCUCAUAUCCAAGUACCUAUAUACAUAUAGAUGCUAAUUUUUUUACAGAAUUAUAACACCAAAAUCAUAAUUUUAGCUGUUGUAGUUUUAAAGUUAUUAAUUUUUAAAGUACGACUUGGUUUGUCCUUUUUUAACAUGGACUGCAUCUCCACAUUCUGUGGCCUCAUUCCGCUGAUCACGUCAUGCGCAAUGACUAUAUAGUUUAUAUAAGGCAACGCAUUCCUUAUCACUAAAAUACUGUUUAGGGUCGACUUAAACUUUCAACUUUGGCACAUGAAUAAUUAAUUAAACCAAAUUCUUUGCAUAACUGUGCACAGUCACGCAGCUUAUAAGAAACAUUGUUCGUUGGUAUUUUUUACUAUGGACUUCACCUCCACAUUCUGUUGUAUUUCAGGAUUAGUAUUUAGUAUUGUAUGAGCCUAAGUAGGCUAGGCUGCCACUAUAUCAGCCUAUAUUAAGAUGUAGGGUCUAUUUCUUUGUAAACUAUCGGCCUCCCCGCCAUUAAACUUAAUUCUUUAUCACCCUCCAUUCGUAAUUUUUAUUACCGUAAUUCUCUCCCUCUCAGCAUUGCUUCCUUCUAGAAUGCAUCAUUACUUAACCCCCACUUUGUUUUGGUAAUAUACCCAAGAAUUUUUUCAAUUUUUUGUUUGCAAGAUACUCAGUACAUUACUUGGUAGAGAAAUAGAUUUUAAAAUUAACAAUAGUUUUGAAUCAUUCGCGGUCAUGUGACAAGGCAGACGGACAAAUAUCUCUCACCACUUUGUUACGGCGGUCAUGUGGCUUGGUCGCCGGACGCAUGUAGCCUUUAUACAACUUUUAUUUUCAGAAUCGAUGGUGUAUUAAUUUUAAUGUUAUGCAAUUAUAGCCUAAAUAAUUAGUAAUUUAUCUUAACAUUUGGGCAAGCCCCUUAUCAUUAUUUGAAAACAGAAGGAUGGGGAUCCAUUUUCAAGAAGAUGGCUACACAAAUCGUCACUUGGGGAGUCCUAAGCUUUUAAAAGUAUUAUAAUUAUACUAUUUAACAACUAACUUUAAUUAUUAAAUCUUUUUUUCUGAAUUUCAGACUUCAACUUUGAAAGAUCAAAACUAUACAAAAGAUAGCUCUUUGAAAACAGCAGGGGAUGAAGCUCCCAUCCACCGUAUCCGCAUCACUCUAACUAGCAGAGUAGUGAAAAGUUUGGAAAAGGGUAUGCUGCAAAUACAGUAAAAUCUCCGUUUUGAGACCCUUUCUUAAACAACUUCCAGCGUGCGACCUGGAAAAAAUUUACCAAUGCUUUGUACAUAAAUAAACGACCUCUCUUAAAUGACUUCCUCUAAAUCGCGACUUCUAUUAACUGAAUUUUAGGUCCUAGCAUCUGACAAAGUCAGAUUCCAUAGCAAUGCUAUAUUUGUGCGCUUGAAGAAAGCAGUUUCAUUUAAAACUUAACAGACGAUGCACUAAAGUAACUAGGAAGUAGUGAAGGGGAAAUAACUCCAAGGAGCUUAACAGAUUUGGCCUGAGCAGGGCCUUUCAGACCUUGCCGACACCAUAUUAAAAUAACUUUUAAAUGAUUGAAUAAAAAUAAUUACAACAAUAUUAAUGCGCUUAUCUUAUAAAUAUAACUAAGCAUGCCCUCAGCACUUACACACGCUUUUAAACAACUACCAUUAGAACCAUACCGGUACCAGAAAUUAUUUUUAUUUAGGAAUUAAUGAGGAACAGUAGAUAGUUACUAUUGGUUGAGAGACAGAGUUUAGUAUAUGUUAAGAAAGAUGUUAGAUAUUGCCUAUACUUAAUGGUAUGUGUACUUUUUUGUAUUAAUUUUAAUAGUUUACUUAAUUUUCAAAAUGUUCCUACCUCUUUUUUUAAGACCUCGUUUUAAUGGCAAUUUAAAGGUAGUAAAACGGGAGAUUUUUACUGUAUUUCUAAUUUUAAAUCUUUUGGCACCGGUACUAGUUCACAGAGAAGAGAAAUGUUUAUCCUGGCCCAAUAUUCAUUUAAUUUAAACUUGGCUGCAAUUUCAUCAACACAUUUCAACAUUAAACCAGCUGAUCUCAUGACUUGACAUGUUGUUACAAGGAGGCAGCACUUAACAAAGCUAACUAGCUUAUUAUUUUUAUAGAGGGUUAUGGUUGGGUUAUGUGUUUGAUGAUUCUUGAUACCGGUCAAACUUGAAUCCAUGUACUUGUAAUGUUGCUUAAAACCAUACAAAUUACUUCCACGACUGCAAUGCUAAGCCUGCCUCCCCAUUUGCAGGCCUAGAAAUUUGGCAUUGGUUGCAAUUGUUUUCUUUUCAUCAUUCAAUUUAUGUUUAUCAUUACAGUAUGUGCUGAUCUUAUCAAAGGAGCCAAAGAAAAGAAUCUGAAAGUCAAAGGGCCAGUUCGCAUGCCCACCAAAAUUUUGCGCAUUACCACCCGCAAAACUCCUUGUGGUGAGGGCUCCAAGACCUGGGACAGGUACCAGAUGAGAAUUCACAAACGCAUUAUUGACUUGCACAGCCCAUCUGAAAUUGUUAAGCAGAUUGUAUCCUUUCUUUGAGAUAUUAUCUGAUUUAUAUAUUUUAAUUUGUAUUAGCGGUAUUAUUUAAGUAUUUAAAUUUAAUUUAGACUUAAUUAUUUAAAAGUAUUCCCUUUAACUUGAACAUUACUUUUGAACUUUUAAAGUUAUUCUUACGCAAGGGUCAUAAAUAGGAUUAACCAGUAACUUCCCGUAUCCCCCGCCAUCGCCCGCUAGCGUUUUAUACCGUAUCGCCCGCCAUCCCCGGCUAUAUAUACAUGCCAAAUAAACGAUGUAUUGGACCAGAAAACGUUGGUAUAAAAUAAUAAACCAGCUAUAGUAUGAAAGUAGAAAAGAUCUACUUCCUUUUCCUUUUUACGGAAACGAAUUACAUUGAGAGACACGCGAGCUACGGAUUUUUGAAAAUCAUUGAAUUUGAAGCAUGGCUUUCCGAUUUUUAGAAAGUUUGGUUUCCAAUAAUUGUAAUGAAAGCGAUAGCGAUAGUGAUUCCAAUGAAAGUGACAUUGAAAAUGGAUUUGGCGAAACUCCUGAUGAAAGUGUUUUUGAUAGUGGUAGCAAUCUUGAUACUGACAGUGAGAGCUCCGACGACGAUAGUGUCGAUAGUGAAGUUACUACUACUACUACUACUCAGUCUUUUCCUUGGAGUGCUACGCUCAAUCCAGUGGAAAUUGAGAUGUUUACAUCAGGUGUUGGGCCUAAUAUUGUAAACAUGAAUAUUGAUCAUCAGGCUCAGCCAGUGGAAUUUUUUAAAUUAUUUUUUCCUGAUGAAAUUAUACAAAUGAUUUCUGACCAGACCAAUUUGUAUGCUGCCUACAGGAAUGCUAACAAUUUCACUCCUGUCACUGUCAGUGACAUUCAAACAUUCAUAUAUAUCAAUAUGAUGUUUGGUGUGCACAAACUACCAGCAUACACUAUGUACUGGUCAACAGAUCCUCUGUUAAAAGUAUCCAGUGUGGCAGAUGUGAUGUCAAGAAAUAGGUAUCAAGAAAUAUCUCGAUACUUUCACCUGGCUGACAGCAGGAAUUAUAUCCCGAAAGGCCAAGAUGGGUACGAUCCCUUGUAUAAAAUCAGACCAGUCAUCACAGCUGUAAAAGAUGCCUGUAAUACAUUAUACAGACCUGGAGCUGCUAUAGCUUUUGACGAAGCUAUGAUACCUUUUAGAGGCAGACUGUCUUUCAAACAAUAUAUAAAAGGAAAGCCCCACCCAUGGGGUGUCAAAGUAUGGUGCUGCUGUGACUCGGCGACAUCAUUCCUUUUAGACUUUGAUUUUUAUACAGGGAAAUCCGACACCAUUAUGCCCAAUGGACUGGGCUAUAAUGUCAUACAAAAAUUAGGCAACAGAUACCUAAAUAAAAAUCAUCAUUUUUAUUUUGACAAUUUUUUUUCGUCGGUGCAGUUGGCAUCGGAUUUGUUAUCAAGUGGCACCUAUUCAUGUGCGACAACUCGACAAAACAGGAGACACUGGCCCAAGGACCUCAAAGGUAAAAUCAACAAGAACCACUGUGAAAUGAGGCAGAUAGGGAGUCUGGUUGCAUGUUGGUGGAGAGACAAACGUGCCAUCUCCAUGAUUUCAACCAACGCGUCGCCUACAUUAGGCACUGCAUCACGCCGUACAAAAGACGGCCCUAUUGAUAAACAGAUCCCCCAGUCUGUACUUAUCUACAAUGCUAAUAUGGGUGGGGUGGACAGACAUGAUCAGCUAAGAUCAUAUUAUCCUAUUGGCCGAAAAAGCCACAAAUGGUGGAGAUGUUGUUUGUGGUUUUUGGUUGAGACGGCAGCCCUGAAUGCGUAUAUUUUAUACAAAAAUAUGCCACAUCCCCCGACAUCAAAGCCAGUGUCGCAUUUAAAUUUCCAUUUGGACAUUGCUCGCAGCCUCAUGAAGGGUUCUUCAAGGAAAAGAAGACAGGCGGAGGUCCCUGCUGUUGGUGGAUUGGCUGUUCCUGGAACUUCUUUGGAGCAUCGUAGAAUUCGACUCCCAGGGCGCAAAAAACAAUGUUUUCAGUGUCGGCAGAAAAACGUUCGCACUGAAUCGAAUAAAAGACCUGAAACUGUUUUUGGGUGUGUGUUGUGUAACACACACCUUUGUGAUGAGCUAUGUUUUGCUCAGUUCCAUGCUAAGUUAAACUAAGGUAUUUAUUUAUCAAUAAAUGUACAGAAAUUGUCGUGACAAAUUGAAUUUUUUGCAUAUUUUCUAACAUUUUAAUUUUUUUUUGUAUGUAAAUUUUUAGUACACCCCUACAUAUUUGGUGUCAUCUGAUAGAUUAUUCAUUUCUCUACAUAAUGCAAUUUUUUUCACAUCAAUUGGAUUUUAAAUUAGCGAGAUGCGUUCAUUUUUGUAAAAGAACUAAAUUUGUAGUUUAGAGUUAUUCCCCUUACGUUGGGAUAAUAUAAAUGUUUUGUGGUCAAGCCAAUGGGAAGUUAUUGGUUAAGAAAGUAAAAAGGCCUAUCAAACAGCAUGUUAAUUAUGAUCAAUAGCUUUCCUUAAUUUAUAACUUCAGACUUCAAUCAGCAUUGAGCCUGGAGUGGAAGUUGAAGUAACCAUUGCAGAUGCUGCGUAAUAAGGAAUUUCAAAUAAACUGAACAGUUAAUUAAUGUAAUAUAUAUUUGCCUGUUGUUUCUUUGCAGUCCAGUGUUAUUUAAUUUGUCUUUAUAUUUCAAAUGUUUUGUGGUUGAAUGUUUCCCUGUCUUGGUGUUUUUUUUGUUUUAUAAUUUAUAGUAAUUAGUAUAGGCAUAUCUCAAAAUAUGUUCCUCUGAC